AUGGCUACAAUCAAAACUAUCUCUCCCUCGACAAAUCAAGUGGUCUGUGAGACCCCGAGCACGAGCAUCGAACAGGCAAAGCAGAUUGUCAAGUCCUCUCAGGAUGCUUUCGCGUCUUUCAGUGCCCUGUCGCUAUCUCAGCGGCGGGCUAUUGUUGAGAAGGGCCUACAGCUGAUCCAGGAGCGCAAGGAGGGGCUCGGUCGCGAGCUAACCACCCAAAUGGGACGGCCAAUCACAUUUGCAUCGAAGGAGAUCGAGACGAUGCAAAAGAGGGCUGAUUACGUCCUGGAAACUGCCGCCACGGCCCUCGCAGACCUUCCCUGCAAGCCCGAGCAAGGGUUUCAGAGAUGGAUCAAGCGAGUGCCCGUUGGACCGACGCUCAUCGUCUUCGCGUGGAACUUCCCGUAUCUCAUUAUCGUCAACGCACUCGUCCCUGCCCUCCUUGCUGGCAACUCCGUCAUUCUCAAGCCCUCUCCGCAGACUCCUCUCGUCGGUACCCGCAUAGCGGAGAUAUUCACUGAGGCUGGCCUGCCUCCUAAUGUGCUGCAGGUCAUUCAGUCUGGAGACCCACAGAUGCUCAAUCAGCUUGUGCAGCUUCCCGAGAUUCAGGCAGUCAGCUUCACUGGCUCAACUGCGGGCGGCCUCGCCAUCCGCGAAGCGACUUCCCGUCGGACAAUUCCGCUCAACCUAGAGCUCGGAGGCAACGAUCCGGCCUACGUCAGACCCGAUGCCGAUAUCAAAUAUGUAGCGGCCCAGCUUGCAGAUGGUGCCGUUUUCAAUUCUGGUCAGAGCUGUUGCGCGGUGGAGAGGAUUUAUGUUCACGAAGCAGUCCAUGACGCAUUUGUUAAGGAGCUCCAGAAGGAGAUUGCAACGUACGCUCUCGGAGAUCCCAUGGACCCCAAGACUCUAGUCGGCCCAGUCAUCUCGCAAGCUGCGAAGAAGGCCAUCGAGGCUCAGGUUAAGGAUGCUCUUGACAAGGGUGCAGUGGACAUGACUCCUGACAAUGCGACCUUCAAGAAUCCUCCAGCGGGAGGAAACUACGUUGUGCCGACCAUCCUCGCUAAUGUGAACCACAACAUGGUUGUCAUGCAGGAAGAGACGUUCGGGCCUAUCAUGCCUGUGGCCAAGGUCGCCAGUGACGAUGAAGCUAUCCGACUCAUGAACGAUACCGAGUAUGGUUUGACCGCUAGCGUGUGGACCAAGGACAUCCCCCGCGGCCAGGAGAUCAUUGAACAGCUUCAGGCAGGAACAGUGUUCAUCAAUCGCUGUGACUAUCCGAACCCAGAUCUUGCUUGGACUGGGUGGAAGAAAUCAGGUUUGGGUUGCACACUCGGACCCAAGGGCUUUGACUUCUUCGUCAAGCUCAAGAGCUACCAUAUCAAGGAGAACCAGGCAUGA